GGGCCGGAGCGGCGUGCGGCCGGCAUGGCGCUCUUCCAUGUAGCGCGGUACCCGGGCCCCGAGGCGGCCGGGGCGGAGGCCGGGGCGGACGGCCGGGCCCGCGCGCUGCUGGAGCGGCUGCAGUGCCGGGCCCGGGAGCGGCAGCGGCAGAAGCAGCCGCGGCAGCAGGAGGCCGCGCAGCCCGCGGGGCCGGCGGGGAAGCGGCGGCGGCGGCCGCGCAGACCGCGGAGGCGCGAGGGCGGCGGGGCGCCGGAGAGCAAGCGGCGGAGAGCGGACGGCGAGGACGCGGGCGCAGGGAGCAGCGAGGAGGCGCCGGAGGAAAGCGGCGUGGGCGCCGAGGCCGCGGAACAGCCGGGGGCCCCGGACGGACGGCCCCCAGAGGAGGCCUCUGGGCCCCCAGCCCACGCCCUGCUGCUCGGGGGCUUCAGGAGGAGCAGGGCGCCAAAGGUCCAGCCUUUCCUGCCAGCCUGGCUGGCCGAGCCAAGCUGUGUUGAAAAGAACGUCACCAAAGACUUGGUGCCUAUUGAGGAUGUCCCUGAGGUCCACCCUGACUUACAGAAGAAGUUGCGGGCACAUGGCAUCUCAUCCUACUUUCCAGUCCAGGCGGCAGUGAUUCCUGCUCUCCUGGAGAGCAUGGCCAACGGGUUUCUAGUGGGCAGAGGUGGCUACCAGCCCAGCGACCUUUGUGUUUCUGCCCCGACGGGCAGUGGGAAGACCCUGGCCUUUGUCAUCCCUUUGGUGCAGGCCCUGCUCCAUCGAGCCGUGUGCCAGGUCCGUGCCCUGGUUGUGCUGCCCACCAAGGAGCUGGCCCAGCAGGUGAGCAAAGUGUUCAACGUCUACACAGAUGCCACUCCUCUGCGGGUCGCUCUGGUCACCGGGCAGAAGACUCUGGCCAAGGAGCAGGAAACUCUCGUCCAGAGAACAGUAGAUGGCUUCCGCUGCCUGGCUGACAUUGUGGUGGCCACGCCUGGCCGCUUGGUGGACCACAUCGACCAGACCCCGGGAUUCAGCCUCCAGCAGCUCCGUUUCCUGGUCAUUGACGAGGCCGACAGGAUGAUAGACAGCAUGCAUCAAUCCUGGCUGCCGCGGGUCAUGGCGGCAGCCUUCCCGAGAGAGGGCACCAAGAGCCUCUUUUCUCUGCUCCAGAGAAGGCAGCCCCAGGCCAUCACUGCUGCCAGCACCUGCUGUCCCCAGAUGCCGCUGCAGAAGCUGCUCUUCUCGGCCACUCUGACCCAGAACCCCGAGAAGCUGCAGCAGCUCGGCCUCCACCAACCCCGCCUCUUCUCCACGGGGCUGGCACAGCGGGGUUCCAGAGACGCUGACGCAGAGGCGGACGGGGAGUCGGCUGGGAAGUACACCUUCCCCGCAGGGCUCACGCACCACUAUGUGCCCUGCAGCCUCCGCUCCAAGCCAUUGGUUGUCCUGCACCUCGUCUUAGAGAUGAACUUCUCAAGGGUCCUCUGUUUUACCAAUUCCCGUGAGAACUCCCAUAGGCUCUUCCUGCUAGCCCAGGCUUUCGGGGGUGUGAGUGUGGCCGAGUUCUCCUCCCGCUACGGGCCUGGCCAGAGGAAGAUGAUCUUGAAGCAGUUUGAGCAGGGAAAGAUACAGCUCCUCAUCAGCACAGAUGCCAUGGCCCGUGGCAUCGAUGUGCAGGGCGUGCAGCUGGUGGUCAACUAUGAUGCCCCCCAGUACCUGCGGACCUACGUGCACCGGGUUGGGAGAACUGCCCGUGCCGGAAAAACUGGACAGGCCUUCACGCUGCUCCUUAAAGUGCAGGAAAGGAGAUUUCUCCGGAUGCUGGCUGAAGGCGGGGUGCCUGAACUGGAGCGGCACGACACCCCCAGCAAGCUCCUGCAACCGCUGGUCCCUCGGUACGAGGCGGCCUUGUCCCAGCUGGAGAGGGCUGUCAAGGAAGAGCGAAAGCAGAAGGCGGCCUAGGCCAGGGCUGGGGCGGAACAGGCCCUGUCCACGCCAGCGAGGUGUCUGUUUUCUCCUGCUGGGCUUGGCUACCUUCUUUCUAGAAAAACCCUGAGUGCUGAUUGCUGGACGUGCGAGCAAAAGACAGGGAUUCCUGGGAAAGGGCCUUCCCAGGCACACUGCCCGCUCCUGCCAGGCCCUUGGACGUGAGGCUCUUUUGGCCACUGCACUAUGCCUCACGCUGGGGUAACUCGGGCCCAGGCCUGAGACCGUCAGGGAUGCAUAAGAUCAGCCUCUGGUCAGGGCGAUCUUUCUGCAAACAGGACUCAGUAAACCACCCCAGGACUGACAGGGUGGUGUCUGUCAUGGUUUUGGCUGAGAGUUGGGAGGUAGGCUUGAGCUAGUUUUGGAACUCUAGCUCUUCUAACAACGUAAGUGUGUUCACCAUCCUGCAUCGGAAAGGUUGCCCUGAGUCCCUCACUCGCAGGGUGAGGUGGCUGUGCCGCACCCCAGGCUGCUGAGUGACAUCUGCAAGCCCUACCUAGCAGAUCCGGGAAGGAAAGCAUCAUCUGGGAGGUGUUUCCACUGAUACAGGUGUCAGCAUAGACAGAGGAGAGAGCCACAGAGUCAGCAACACUUUAUCUUGCAAUCCAUCACCAACCCGGUAUAAAAUAAACCUGCAGCACGAGAUAGUCUUUGUCAUGAAUGUAACGGAAGACGGACCUCAGAGCACUGACCACUGUCUGCAAGAAGCCUUUGUUUUAAAAAUUUAUAUGCUGAUGUCACAAUAAACUCUUAAAAAAAUAGAAACAAACUGUGGUUUCUUAUCUCUGCCUGAGGUACGAUAUUCACUUCAAAAUAACGAUCUGAAGCACAAAGCCUCGUGUUCCGUCAUCGCUGCCGCCUGAGCAAAUGUAGAGCAAGUACCCAUCUCGGCAGCACCCAGCCAGACGCUGCAGACAUCUGAGGGCUGCAGGCCAGCGGGCUCUGUGCGACACGGUGCACCCAGCACGUGCCAGAAACAUGAGGCCCGAGGCCUGGCACGUGAGGGACGGUGCAGGCACGGGACGCACCUGGAGAAGAGGCAUCUCUCUCUGUCAUACAGCCUCUAGGCCAGGCCUGUCAUCCCGCUCGGGGACCUUCCUACGUGUGGAAAUGGAGCAGCGCCAGUCAGGCAGCGGCCCCCCUGGCCUGGGCCAGCCCAGUGCCUCCCGCCCUGACAUCUGGGAUGCGUUGCACUUGCGCAGGACUCACCCUGCUCGCUGUCGGGCCACCAGCCGCCUCCCUCCACUGGGUUGGCUGGGGGCCUUGAACCAGACAGCAGAGGCCACAUCUGGACCUUGCGCUGCUGACUGGGGGUCUCGCUGGCAGCCAGAGCCUGCCCAGGGCGUGAUGUCUGUGGGGAGGCGAUGGUCACACCUGCUGCUGCAUUGCUGUCUGCUGGGCCGCCAGUGCUGUCGCAGGAAGCACCUGAACCUGCUGCCAUCCAGCCACGGCUGAGCCUGUACAUUUGAGGGGAUGUGACAAAUACAGUGUUCUGUUAAAAAAGGCUUCACACUGCUCUCAUCUUCCUGGGGACAUAUUAGUCCUCCGAGAGGCUGAAGUCUGUCUCAGUGAGUAGGGAGCGCGUAGUCAGUGCUGAAACAGGACAGUAAGCCCUGGCAUUAGCUGCGUCUGAUCUCUGAGAAAGCGACACCCAGAAUUACCAGAAUUCUGCUCAGGGAACGUGAACAGCCCAGUGACCGGGUCUCGCUCUUGGUCACGGGACACACGUCAUUAGAACUGACUUCCAGGUGGCGGUGUGAGGAGCACUGCAGAUCUUCCAGAGAAAAACCACGACUCACAGAAAUUACCACAACCCAGCCAUUUAAAGUCUGCAAAUUGUCCUAUGGGCAGACAGCAGUGGAGACAUAUUUAUCCAAGAAAACCUAAUCCUCAGGAAGAACGAGAGUCCGCUGCGUUUGAGCCCUGCAGCCUGCCCAGCUCAGCUGACGCACACUCCCCUCCUGGUGUGUCAGCCAAGAACACUGGCCACUGAGCCAUGAGAAGGUGCUUGUCGCUAGUCACCAGGAAAACGCACAGCAAAACCAGCUGGAGAGGCCACCCCUCCCCCGGGAGGAGCAGAGACAGACAAUGCAGGUGUGCGUGAGGCUGCAGGGAAACGAUCCCUUGCACGCUGCCCGUCAGGUGUGAAACUAGUGAGACGUGGAGCCGCCAUAGGACCCCAGGAUUCCACUCCCAGGCACAAGCCCAGAGAAAUGGAAGUGUCCACACGGGAGCCUGUGCACACGGGUUUACAGCAGUGUUGUUCAUCAUACUGAGGGGCGGAGACAGCCCAAACAUCCGGCGACGUGUGAAUGGAUAACAAACGGCAUGUGCAUCGUGGGUGGAAAGGGGCGAAGCACAGACCUGUGACAACAUGGGAGGCCCUCGAGAGCAUCCUAAGGACAGAAGCCAGACCUCAAGGCCACAUCCUGGGUUAUGCCUCUGUGCGGAGCGCCCAGAACAGACACCCACGGAGACGGAAAGGAGAUGAAGGCAAGGAAGGGCCUCUGAAGUAGGAAAGUGACCAUCAGACAAACACGGACGUCACCCCACCUGGGCCUGAGAAUGGCGGCUGCUCGUCACUUUGACCUUGAGGGAGGUACCAGCCUACCUGCAGCUGCCCCUGCACCUGCUGGGUCCCCAUGGCCCUGGGCUCCUGGGACACGGGCGAAGUCAGAAACAGAGUCUGUAGGGUGGGCCGGGGUGAGUAGGUGACGUUUUGCUCCUGGCCUGUCUGGUGCUGGGCAUUCACCUGGACAAGCAUCAAAAGAGUGGAAGGGCAGACCACCUGCUGGAGAACCACAUGCUUGGUUCCAGAGAAGCACCCCUCUGCCUGGCAUGGGCCUCCCUUGCAGUGACGGGUCACCAGUAUAGGGUGGGGGAGAGGAGACAUUCUGCAUCAUGAAGGCUCCCUCUCUCCGGGAGACCAUGCAACCCCAGAACUGUAUUUCCCUGGAGUUUAGGAAGUGAGCACAUUCCAGAUGGCCGUGGCCUCUGACCUCUCGGCCCUCCUAGGGGAUACCCUGGCCAGGCCAGCUCACUAGCACCAUGGCACACAGAAGCCAGCAUGGGCCCCCUCAGCCCCCCAGGGGUACAGAGCCAGACAGCCGUCCCCACUGCCCCUCGUCUCCUUGUGGCUCUUGCUCUCAGCACAGCUGUGCCAGGUUGGGGCAGGAGGCAACAGGUGUGUCACCCAGAAAAGCCACAGGUGCCAGCAGGCUACCAGGAAGGCUGGGGCUGGGAGAGGAACACACUGCAGGGUAGUGCUCUGGUGGCGCCCGGUGGGGAGAUCCUCCAUCAGCAAAAAAACAGGGAAACAUUCUCCAGUGUUUCCCAGUGAGCAUGUGGGGAAAAAGAGUACAAGACCCUCCUGCUAAGGAACCGUGUAGAAGGUGCCUGCCAAAGCUUUCCCCGGCAGGUGUGUGGAGGGGGCGGGCUGUGCCCUGCCAGCUCCUCCUCCCCGGGCACAGUGACACCUUCCCAUACAACAAGCAAAGGUUCUAGGAGGGUCACUGAGCCGUAUCCCGCAGCUCUGCACAGCCUGGGCAGGAGGUGAGAGCUCUGCCCCGGUGCCCAGGCAGGGUCUUCAGCAUCCGUGCGUGUUGUUGAAAGUGCACACAGCUGCCAGGGCGUCAGUGCAGAGCCUCGGGGGUUAGAACGCAAACAAGAGGAUUGUGGUGCCACCUGCUACUCUGCAAUGUGAUGCUCACCAUCAUCCCUGUAACACGACACGUGAUCAUCGAGGGUCACCCCACAUCCCUGCUCCCCCUGAAUCUGGAUUCCCAUCCCAUUCCCCUGAAGAUCUAGUCCUAAUGUGUUUCAUGCUUGGAAUUCCUUUAUAGAUCCCAGAUUGGGCUCCUCUGCAAUAGAAACGUGCUCACAAAUUGGCCACAUGGCUCUAAGUGUUCAAAAUAAUAAUCUUCUGGAUUGAGAAGUCAGUACAAUUAUUAUUGGUAUGCCAGUCAUCACAAUAACAAGUAUAUUAGGAAUUAUGGUAAAUCAUUACUAACUAUAAGAAGUAAAGUUAAACUCUAACAAGA